UGUAAGCCAUUUCACACAUGUCUCCCUGCACACUGCAGUCCGAUGCAGCUAUGCACGCUAGACCAUGAUUCAAUCGCCUCAACGCCAUAUGCCACUCCCGAGUAAGUUUCGCAAGGCCAACGUCGAAGGCAAAGCGGGGUACAAAGAGCGGGGCCCGACCUCGGGAGGUCGAGGAGUCUACAAAAGCUGCCGUGCCACAACAUUACAUAGAGCCUACCCGUGCUACACACAACUACCGUCCUAUCCCAACGUGUAUUGGAAGCCAAUUGCCGCGAACAUGAUCUCGGUGCUCGGAUACUUCGUCCCAACAGAUGGCAAAGACGACUACCUUCGAAACGAACUACAAGCCUUAGUCAAACUCGUCAAAGAGAACGAGCCCGACUGUCUCAUAUUCGAGCUUCUUUACGACGACGACAUCGAGCAAUUCGUCAUACACAGCAUGUUCAAGGACCGAACGGCCCUCAACUUCCAUCUCAAGCAGCCAUAUCUUACCGCUUUCAAAGAAGGAACUCGCGCAGAGUCCUUUGAGUCAAUGGAUUUGAAAAUACACGAGCGAAUUGACGGGUUCUCGAGAUGACUUGGUCCUCGUGUUGGGUCGGGAUAGGGCGUCUGGCGUUUUCUCGUCCAUUCAGAUCCUCAAAAGGUCGAGCUUUCAUUGUCGUGUUCCCUUACUUCUACAUCGCUAUAUAAUUCCCAAUCACAACCUUUCCCCGCCACAAAUAUCCUUGCUUGUUUAGUCUCCGACCUUUUCCCGAUGGACUCCAAAUUAUAGUACCUGUGAACCCAGAUGCAGGGAUCGGCUCGGUUCCCGGUGCCC